AUGCAGGGAUUCGUUGUCUUCACCGCUCUCCUGGCUUGCGCCGCUGCAGCCCCUGGUGUACUGGUAGCUCAUACUCCAGUAGUCGCCGCUGUCCACACAGCCCCUGUGGUACACGCCGCUGUACCAGUAGUGGCCGCAAAGACUACAGUCACGAAAAGCAGCCAAGUUGUCAACCACGGUACACCGCUCGUCGCUGCCCCUGUUGUCGUCAAGACCGCCGUACCUGUGGUACACGCUACCCCUGUCGUCCAUGCUGCUCCAAUCGUCCACGCCCCUGUUGUUCACGCCGUCCACACACCAGUGGUGGUGAAGACAGCCCCCGCCGCUAUCACUCACAGCACCUCGAUCGUUCACCAUACACCCGUCGUUAAGGCCGUCCCUCUAGUCGCUGUUCACUAA